AUCGGAGUACGUCAUGCGACGAUCGGAGAGGGAACUUUAAAUUUUUUUGGCUUCACGAUAUGCGCAGGCAUACCGCUCUUUCUGAACGAUGCCUCCCAAAUAUGCACUUUUGUAUUUCAUAAAAGAUCGGGUUUUCGAUAUUGUUCGCGUCAGUCAAAUACAAAAAUUUAAUCCAAAAGACGAACAUGAUUUUGUCAAGGACAAGGUACAUAUGGUAGAAUGGAGUGGCACCGCCGCCGGCAGCAAGUCUGCCGACUUGGGCUGCAAGAAGUAUCCGGCAGUGAUCAUCAAGUUGUCAGAAUCAGAGAAUCAACUUCAGAAGGUCCUGGAUAGCGACACGGGCAAACGAAUUCGAAUUCCAAACGUCACAAACACAACAACUGAGCCUGAAGAGCAAAGUGAAGACGAGGUUGUCGAAAGACAGAAGCGCCUCUGGGACGAAGCAAAGAAGAAAAAAAAGGCUAAAGCUUCAUCGGGCACCAAACGCCUCAAGGACAUCCUUGCAGUCAAUGCACGGAAUCCACUGUGCAAUAAUGUGGGGGACAGCUCUGAUGAGGAAAACAUCGGCUCCCAAAGAAGAUCCCAGUCAGGCUUGACACGGAAGAGGACUAUGUAUCUGACAGACUCAGACCAGGAAUGCUCCCAGUGCAAAAGGCUGUUCUCCGAAAAUAAGCAGAUAAAGGAGCAGAACCAGAAGCUCAGGCUUCUGAAUAUAAGGCUCCAAGCUAAUCUUCUGGACAAAUUAGAAGGUUUGACUGGCCUCCAAGUCAGCACGAAGGAACAGCGGAAGGCCCAGCACAGCUGCCCAGCACCCGUGUCGAUGCCAAGUCCACCAGCUGGCAGGAAUGUCGGUGACAACACAUCCUUGUUGGACCCUGAAGAAGUGAGGGUUCUGGACAGAAAAAGGAAGCCAUCCUUAUUUACCAAGAAUCUCUGCGUCCGCCUCAUCGGUUCAGAGAAACUCCGGAACUCAUCUCUCGAUGGGCGUAUUCCCAGCAGAGGUGGUCGGGCUCCGAGAGAUGCCCUCGACCCACACAUUGUGGAAACAAUAAAGGAUUUGGUUACCAAGCGAUAUGGGGAGGCAGAAAAAAGAAAGUCAACCGAUAUAUCAUUGAGAAAAUUGCAGAUCUCCGUAAGCUUAAAGCAACUGAUGCUGAUGGUGAUACAAAUGAGAUGUAGGGCCUGAGGGGAUUUCUGAAUUUAAUCUUUAACUUCCAUAUAUAUUACUUGUUGGCUAUACUGUUUCCUAAAAACUUUCUGUGAAGUUUAUACUUGUACACUGAUUUAAAGGUAUAGUCCAUCAUUUGCAGCUAUCUGACCAAAUUACUGUUGAAAACCUUUCUUGGUUUAAAUCUAGUAAUAGCAAUAAACUCUGUAGAAUCGGAGGAUGGAGACAGAUUGUUUAGAUUGAUCUGUAUGCUGCUUUAUUGGAACUACACAUGCAAUGCACGAAUACUGUACACAGGGUACAAAGGUCAAACCUGUACAUUUGUAUGGUGGCCUGGAAAUGACAUGUGGCUUAACACUUAUUCUAUAUUAAACAUGUAUGUGUUUGGAUACUACAUCCCUCCCAACCUUGGAUUCUGUUUUUCAGGAGUUUUAGAUUAAAAAGGUACUUGUGCAUCAUGUGAACCUUUUUAAGUCCAAUGGCGAUUUAAGAAUAGUUUUUUUUUGGAAAACUUUGGCCAGAACAAUGAUUGAAUUAAAGAUUAACAAAUUAGUAACUUUAACUAGAACAAUCAUGUAAACAUGCAGUUACCUCACAUCUGCAAUAUUUGCCUUUUUUUCUUUUUGAAUUAAAGAGAUUAACUGUUACAGAACAAAUAACAAAAAGGAUACAAAAAUAAAGCGUGCUUGAUUUUAAGCAAACAAGUCUGUUGUCUACAGUUCAAUGUCCAGUGUCCUUUGGCAAGAGUCUUUGGCCUGUGUGCCUGUGAUGCCUAGGAUGGCACAUAGUCCUUGAGAUACUCGGGUGAUUUCCGAAUGCGAGUCGGGUAGCGUUGUUCUGUGUUUGUUUGUGUCUCUGGUGACUCGCUUGUUCCAGUGUUCUUGGUUGGUUCAUCGGGUGCUGUCUCUUGGACGAUGUCUGUUGGCUCAAAAGACUCACUGUCUGUAGCGACGCUGUCUGGGAGUGUUUUGAAGAACGAAGAGUUUCGUGUGACUCGAUGUCCUUCGCGUUCGGCUGUUAUCAUGGGACCUUUGACGUCAACGACACGGUAUGGAUUCGUGUCAUACGGGGUUUGCUGCUUUCGGAUGAAGCCAUCACGCUUCACCAAAACUGGAUCACCGCGAGUGAUUGGCUUGUGUCUCUUUGUCAUGUGUUUUUCAGCGUUCUUUUUCAUGUUGAAUUUCUUGCGCUUGUCGCGUUCGCGAAUUUCGCGGUCAGCGUUGUCUGUUGUGAUGUCUGUCUGAGGGAUGCGUGUGCGAAAAGGGCGUCCGAACAGGAGCUCGGCGGGUGGAGAGCCUGUAGUUGAGUGUGGUGUGGCGCGGUAAUUGCGUAGAAAUUUGUGGAGUUCUUGUUUGCUCGU